GUCGUUGAUACUCUGGAAACCUGUGCUGUAGUCUGUCUCAUCUGUCUGAGUGCUGGACGAUUUAUUUUUAUUUUGUUUUAGAUUAUUACGGAGACUUUAAUCUUAUAUUCAUAAAAAAAUAUGAAACAGUAGUUCUCUUUUCUAGAAAAUAAAAUGCUUGUAGUUUGAAAUGAAUAAUAGUCAAGGAAAGCAUGUGCCCGAUAUUACAAUUACGGAAAGUAUUUCAAAAAGUAAACCAAGAAUUCGUGGUAGAAAACGCAAGCGACUAUACAGCGAAAGUAGCAGCGAUGUGGACCAUGAUCUACCAGAUAACACAUUGGAAACUGAGAAAAACUUGCACGCUUUGGCUAUUAAAAAUAACUUAGAUGAUAUCAGCGUUAAGAAAAUUUUAAAGAAAGUAGUGACAAAUGACCAUGUGUUGGCCUUUGUGAAGUUGCGGGAGGAAGAAGAUUCUGGUGCUGAGGAUGGUCUCCAGCCAAAGUUUACAAGGGCUAAAGCUAAGGAGUUAAUGAAAGUAUCUCCGCGCGUGCCACCUUGGCCCAUCCAGUUGACGCCCAUAAAGCACAUACCAGUGAAGACCAGGCCUGAAGUUACAGCCCUGAUUGCUCAAGAACUGCCCGACGAUGAAGAUGACGAGGAAUAUGAACCGACGCAUGAUGAUAGUGACGACGAUCAUUGCAUGGAAUCGUGCAGUGACUUGGAUUCACAGCCACGUACUCCGGCCACACCUUUGAGCCAAAAGAAAGAAAGCCCUGCGAUUGUAAAAGAUGGACCUUUUAAAGUGCCACAGGAUGUUUCAAUAACGGUGCGCAAGAAGUUGGAACUAGAAGAGGAAGCGACAAUUGCACUCCGCACUAGAUCCAAGUUGAGCCUCUCAGAGACGCCCAUAGAGCAUAUAGAGAGCUCUUUCAUACCUCCGGAUGAUCUCCCAAUGCCGGAUGUGGAUGAUCUGUGGAAUGACUUUCUGAGCGAGUGCUUGAACCCAGAAUCUAAAACCAAUGAGGAGGACGAUGAAUUAGAUCCGGAGUACAAUGUUGCGGCAGACCCUGAUGCAAAUGACGAAGACGAAGAUGCGUUAGAGAAGAGCAUUAUAAAAAUAUCGAAGAAGGAGUUGAACGAUUUAGUGACCGAACUGAUGAAUGUGAUGCCCGAGGGCGUUGAGAACCAGCUGCUCUCCAGCACGCAGAGUGAUCAGAGUCAGAGUAACAAUGGCGCUGUGGAUACGAGGAGUGCCAAGUUGCAGAGAAAAUCUGAGGUACCUCACUGGGAAGGUAAGCAAGAACCCUUAUCUGAUGAUGAAACCCAGCCCGCUAACAUAGCGUCGAAAAUAACUUUUGAAUCGAGUAACAUCGUGUCCCGGGUUUCUGUUGGCAAGAUAGAGGCGGAAAAUGAGCGGGACAAGGAUAAACAAGGGUCUACAUUAGACAGUACAAAGGUUCCUAAGACUGAAACACCCAGCACUGCAUCUUUGGAUAUAACAACAAAUGCAGCCAGCGGAAUGGUUACUAUAACAGUAGAGGAGCGAGAGCAUCCAGUGGCGGAACCGGAACAGUCUUCCAUAAAGCCUCCAGCGUCUUUGCUUCAACUACUGGCCCCCCAGCCGCUCAAAGUUAACAUCGAAGUGGGUAACAUUGUGGAGAUGUCACCCGAUCAAGUGAGCAUAUUACAGCAGCAGCUGAGAAUGCACGUACAGCUAGCUGCUUCGAACUUCCUGCAACUAUUUGUACACCCGGUGCAUUGGUCUUACGCGCACAAGUACAAAGGUUAUUUGGAAACGUUCGAGAAAAUUCUAUCAUCGAAACCCAAGUCAGUGGUAAACGUAUGCAAUCUGACCUCCGCGAUAGAACUUAUAAGGAGCUGGGAAUCAUCGGUGUCCAAAGACAAUGAGGAGAAUAAGAAAAUGGUAGAAUUUAUUCAAGAAGAAGUCGAAAAAUGCCGUCGGCGUAACGCAGGAAACAGCCUCUAUGUCGGGGACUUCCCCGAAUUAUUCAAAAAGGUGGUCGCCAACAGCACAGUGUUCCUAUACCCAUACAUGCUGCCACCGUUGCCAUUCCGAUCUUUCAACACGCAUCGGAGAUACAACUACCUGACUUCGGAGGAUUCACUCAUCGUGCUGGGAUUGGAACAAUUCUGGUGGUACGUAGAAAAUAACCCAGAUAUCUUCAAGCCGCCCCAAAAGCUUCACCCGCGGCGCCGAUGGGGCUUGAUGAUCACUGUCCGCCUGAUAUGCAAGCACAUGAUGCCCUGGCUAUCUCCUAAAGGUUUAUUAAGCCACAUACAAUCCGCGAGAAAAACUGAAGAUAUACGUAAUCCUAUCGUGAAAUAUUUUGUGGAGAAAACUAUAGAUCCGGUGCGACAUACAAUCUUGCCAUACAACCCAAAGAUGACACUAUACGAACAUCCCGAAAUGGAAAUGCCCCGGCUCUGGAUAAAAUACCUCGCAGCGAAUAGUAAACGGUUUAGACACUGUUCAAGUCGUCGAUACCACACUGUAAAAGCUCCGCAGGGUGUCGAAGUUCAAGCCGGGAUAGCAAUAGAGCCCAUACAAAAGGAAGCCUUACCUAUCGAUUUCAUAAAGCCCAUAUCCUGCAAUCGCAUCAAUUUAAUACCAAAGACUCCUAAACCAAAUUUUAUUGACAAAGUUGACGUGCAUAUAGCUACAACAGCGGACAGUGUGGCGGAUUCAAAUUUUCUCGUAGCAUCAAAUCUUUAUACACUUGUAAAUACCAGCUCGGGGGCACAGUUGAUGCCUCUAAGGCUACAAACUAGCACAGUCAAUAGUUCAACGCAACCUAUUUGUUCACCAGCUGUAAUAGAAAGUGAUAAAACUAAAGAAAAUAACAAAAAAAUUGCAGAAAUAAGUAUCAAACAAAAUUGUAUUGUAAUAACGCCGAAUAAUAAUUCAAAAGAUAGUGAUAAGACGCUACAUUGCCCAUGUUGCUUGAUAUUAAAACGGAUAUGUAAAAUUAGGCAAUCGUACAUAACUGAUUACUUCAUACCUUAUAGAGAGAAAAAGGUCAGAGAAUGCGAAUGUACUAGUAAAAAGUAUCCAAGAAUGACGAACAAGUUGAAACUGUUAGUGAACAAUUUUAAAACUCUAUCGAAUGUUUUAUACUCGAAUCUAUUGGAGAAACUUGACAUAAAUCGCGAUAUGGGGAAUAAAUUGAUUAAUGAAUCGACGGAUUUUAGCAUGGAUGACUUUGCGUCGGCAAUAACAUAUCAAACCAAAUUAAUAGCUCGGACGAGUAUAAUAAGAAAUACCAGUGUAAAAAAAACCCUUCAAGUGACAUUCUCAAAAUUCAACACUGAAUCCGGUGACGCUUUGGAAUUGGCGGAGAAAUUGUUCAAAAUAUUCAAUGUCGACCUAGCGGACAUGUUCACUGAGUUUUUGGGAUUCCUGACAGCGGAACAAGCAGAUAAAAUUGGAAAAUUCAAAGAUUAUUUCAUAAGGAACUGCGUGGAUGGUUUACUCAAGAAAGUUGAGGAGCAAGUUCAAGACAGUUUAAAGCGUCUCACUAUAUUAGCGCUAAUAAAGGAGUUGUUCUUCUGCAAGUCCUUCUCACCCUGUGAUAUGUGCUGCGAACUGUUAAUGAGCAUGGCGGACUAUCCUGAGCUAGCACGAUAUGUGUUCUCAUUGUUCCCGCAUCGACGGAAAGAUGCAAAAAAAAAACAACGCGAAUAUUACCAACAAACACAGAGUACGUGUAGAACAACUACUAGUGUCUGUGAAGAGAAGCAGGAUGAUAUGCGUCGAUUAACAGAAAGUACAUGUGAAACAAGGGACAGUGUCUGUGAAGAAACGGCAGCUACUAUGGAUUAUGAGGCUGACAAUUCUUGCAGUGACGAAGAAUUUGGCCUUGAAAUGGAUGAAGAAAAUAAGGAGCAAAAAUCAGCUAAAAUAAGAGAAAACAAAGAACAAGUACAACUAGUCACUACUAUUAAAUAUGAACCAGUAGAAACAACUGAAUUAACCAUAACUAAAACAGAAGUUCAGGAAAACAGCGAAACCGAUAUGUCUAUGCUUAUCAUGUCCGAAGACGAGUCUAUAAAAACCGAACCAUUGGAAUGGACAAGAGAUGAAGACAAACGCAUACUUGAACUACUUAAGAAGUAUUUGACCCCCGAAGAGAGAAACGAUAAAACCAUAAUGGAAAUAGUAAAAGAGAAAGAUUUGUUGAACAUAAUAACAAAUAACUUAUCCCAUAAGUCAUUAGAGGAUGUAACCGAACGCGUUUUGUAUUUAUUGCAAAUAUUAAUUUUAACUGAUUAUGAUAAGACACAAUGAAUGUUACGCUUGUAUUAUUUAUUUAUUAUUUGUGAUAGGUAAUUAAAAUGUGAUAAUCA